CCCCCUUCCCUUCCCGUCAGCUCGAGACCAACGGCAACAUCAUAGGCCUGUCCCGCUGAUCCACACCCGAGAAACGUAUUUAAGAGACAUACAUGCAGAUGGAUAAGAGACAUACAUUUGUUACAACGUGUCUGGUAUUUGACUGUUUGCUUGAAUGGAAAUGUUCACCCACAAUAUCCAUUUAUGAGAAAUCGACGAAAAUGGGUCACUUUUCCUUUAAAUGUUCUCUGUUGUUCUGCAUAAUAUACAGGAAGUGUGAGAGCAUUCCUCCCCAGCUGAUCUAGAGAGCCAGACGGAAGUCUCCUACUCAAGGGGCUUUAACAUUCAGCGGUGACCAGACAAGAGGACAGUGCUAUUGGUAAAUAUUGUCUGGAAUUAAUCCAAGUGGAUUAUCAGUGGGUGGUUUUAGUGGAGACACGGCGCGGUAUCACCACCGACUCCUGUCUUUCUCCCUGUCGGUCGGGUGGAUCUGCCGUGGUAGGACUGUCAUGAGCCCGGGCUGGGAAUGGCAUCCGUUCCCAGUGUUUGUAAGAAGGUCGGACCGGUGGAGGAGGAGAACGGAGAACCGGACCAUUCUCUGCAAGAGAUGUUGAAGGCGAUAGCCGACGAACGGAACCGUCUUACUAUCAGACAAGAAAUUAGUGGACUUGGGUGUUUUAAGGACGACCGCAUCGUGUUCUGGACAUGGAUGUUCUCCACGUACUUCAUGGAGAAGCUGUCGCCGCGGGAACAGGACGACAUGUUGUUUUACGUCCGCAGGAAGCUGUCAUACGUCAGCCCCGACCAAUCAGAAGGAAAGAAGGUAGAUGUGGAGGUGUACAGGAGAGACUCUAAGAGGCUUCCAGGUUUAGGAGAACCUGACAUCGACUGGGAGGAGAGUGUUUACCUGAAUCUGAUCCUAAUGAAGCUGGACUAUGUGGUGACGUGUGCUGUCUGCACACGCUCAGAUGCAGGAGACAUCCACAUCCACAGGAAGAAGUCUCAGCAAGUGUAUGCGUCUCCCAGUAAACACGCCAUGGACAGUAAAGGGGAGGAGUCUAAGAUGAGCUACCCCAACAUCUUCUUCAUGAUUGACAACUUUGAGGAGGUGUUCUGUGACAUGACGGUAGGAGAGGGGGAGAUGGUGUGUGUGGAGUUGGUAGCCAGUGAUAAGAGCAACACGUUCCAAGGAGUCGUCUUCCAAGGUUCCAUCCGCUACGAAGCUCUGAAGAAGGUUUACGACAACAGAGUGAGUGUGGCGGCUAAGAUGGCCCAGCGCAUGUCGUUUGGCUUCUACAAGUACAACAACAUGGAGUUCGUCAGGAUGAAGGGGCCGCAGGGCAAAGGUCACGCUGAGAUGGCGGUGAGCCGGGUCCCGACCGGAGACACGUCCCCCUGCGGCACAGAGGAGGACCUGGACUCACCCCUACACGAGAGGGUGACGUCGUUCAGCACCCCUCCCACCCCGGAGAGGAACCGCCCCUCGUUCUUCUCCCCUUCUCUCCGUCGGAAGGUCCCCAGGAACCGUAUCACUGAGAUGAAGAAGAGUCACUCAGCCAACGAUAGUGAAGAGUUCUUCAGGGAAGAAGAUGACGAGGACCUGUGUAACCAGUCCAACCUGCGGUCUCGCUCCCUGUCGGGUACAGGUCGGUCCCUGGUGGGAUCUUGGCUCAAACUGAACCGUACGGAGGACUACUUCCUGCUUUACUCCCACCUGACCUACGUCACCCUGCCGCUGCAUCGCAUCACCUCAGAUAUCCUGGAGGUGAGACAGAAGCCCAUCCUGAUGACAUAGCAGAUCAGAGCUCCCAGUCCUCCUAACUGCCCCAGAGCCUCCCUACUAAGUGCCUUCCUUUAUCAGGCCCUGACUAACACCACUACAACUCAGUGGUGACAUGGAAAACUACCACCAUCUGGUGGUGACGUGGAGGAAUUACAGCAACACUACCACCAUCUGGUGGUGACGUGGAGGAAUUACAGCAACAUUACCACCAUCUGUUGGUGAGGUGGAGGAAUUACAGCAACAUUACCACCAUCUGGUGGUGACGUGGAGGAAUUACAGCAACAUUACCACCAUCUGGUGGUGACAUGGAGGAAUUACAGCAACAUUACCACCAUCUGGUGGUGACGUGGAGGAAUUACAGCAACACUACCACCAUCUGGUGGUGACAUGGAGGAAUUACAGCAACACUACCACCAUCUGGUGGUGACGUGGAGGAAUUACAGCAACACUACCACCAUCUGGUGGUGACAUGGAGGAAUUACAGCAACACUACCACCAUCUGGUGGUGACAUGGAGGAAUUACAGCAACAUUACUGAUGGUGGUGACGUGGAGGAAUUACAGCAACACUACCACCAUCUGGUGGUGACAUGGAGGAAUUACAGCAACACUACCACCAUCUGGUGGUGACAUGGAGGAAUUACAGCAACACUACCACCAUCUGGUGGUGACAUGGAGGAAUUACAGCAACACUACCACCAUCUGGUGGUGACAUGGAGGAAUUACAGCAACACUCCCAUCUGGUGGUGAGGUGGAGGAAUUACAGCAACACUACCACCAUCUGGUGGUGACAUGGAGGAAUUACAGCAACACUACCACCAUCUGGUGGUGACAUGGAGGAAUUACAGCAACACUCCCAUCUGGUGGCGAGACAGAGAACUACAACCAAAGCUGGAGUCAAUGGCAAGAGAUGUCUAUAAAAAAAACUUUGGAACAAUGAAAACCAGCCAAUCAAAAAGUGCCUCUUCCCUCUGUCACGUUCCUGCUCGAUGAGGAUUCGCCGGUGGGUGCGAGGCGGUCGCCAGGGAAACGGGCAUAGCAACACACGAUCGUGAAGUGCCAUUGGCUGAACUCUUGACCUGAAACUAAAAUGAUUUAGAAUGUCUCUAGACAAAUCUAAAAUGGAACUCUAUUCCCAGUUUAGUGCCCUAACUUUGACCUUUAGCCCUAUGUGGACUCUGACCUAAAGUAGUGCUCUAUAAAGGGAAUAGGGUGCCACAGUCCUACUGACCCUGGUCUAAAGUAGUGCACUAUAAAGGGAAUAGGGUGCCACAGUCCUACUGACCCAGGUCUAAAGUAGUGCACUAUAAAGGGAAUAGGGUGCCAUUUUGGGCGACGUCUCUGUUUUCUUGUAAAUAUCCUGCUGCUUAACUAGUCACUGAUAAGCCUUUAGGAAAAGUUACGCUUCUUCUGACGGAACAUAAAGCUCCCUGUCUGUUU